AUGGUCGACUUUGUCCGCAAGCUCUUCGAACUCACGCUUUUGUUCUGCGCACUGGCGGCAGCUGCUUUUUUCUCACCACCGGAUUCGCCACCCACAUUAUGGGUGUCUGCCCAAAUACGUUCGAUAUUACGUCGUCAUAUUGCGUUCAAUUCUACGAUAGCUCCGCUGUCUCUAUCAAUGACUGUGCUCCUUGCUCAUAUCUCGUUUGCUAUAGCGAGUGUAUCGGUAACGGAAUCGUCAUCAUAUUCCCCAUCAUCUAUCCGCUCCGUACUGAGAAAUAUGUUCAGAGACAUCAGCGACAUGGAUCGUACUGCCGCAUGGGUUGCGGAAAUGCAGACAAUAAUGAUUUUGGUGGGCUUGCUGUGA